GGGAGAGGGCCGCGGGCGCUGCAUGGCGGCGCAGGGGCAGGGGCAGGGCGGGCCCGCGGCGCUCAGCUGCUGCUCCUACAACCAGGACCGCACCUCUCUGGCAAUUGGAACCACAACUGGAUACAAGCUUUUCUCCUUAAGUUCUGUGGAGCAACUGGACCAGGUCCACGAAAGCAAUGAAAUCCCAGAUGUUUACAUCGUGGAGCGUCUGUUCUCCAGCAGCCUUGUGGUCGUGGUCAGUCAUGCCAAGCCACAGCAAAUGAAUGUCUACCACUUCAAGAAAGGGACGGAGAUCUGCAACUACAGCUAUUCCAGUAACAUACUGUCCGUCCGGCUGAACCGUCAGAGGCUGAUUGUUUGCCUGGAGGAGUCAAUUUACAUCCAUAACAUUAAGGACAUGAAGCUUUUGAAGACCAUUCUGGAUACGCCUCCCAAUGCAACAGGUCUGUGCGCUCUCUCGAUCAACCACGCCAACUCCUACUUGGCUUAUCCCGGCAGCGCGACCAGCGGAGAGAUCGCGCUUUACGACGGAAAUACUUUGAAAACAGCCUGCACAAUUCCUGCCCAUGACGGCCCUCUGGCUGCCCUGACCUUCAACUCCACCGGCUCGAGGCUGGCAAGCGCUUCCGAAAAAGGCACAGUCAUUCGGGUAUUUUCCAUUCCUGGUGGGCAAAAGCUCUAUGAAUUCCGGCGAGGGAUGAAAAGGUACGUGAACAUCAGCUCCCUGGUAUUCAGCAUGGAUUCCCAGUUCCUGUGUGCUUCGAGUAACACGGAGACGGUGCACAUCUUUAAACUGGAGCAUCUCACUGACAGCCGGCCAGAAGAGCCUCCCACCUGGAGCGGGUACAUGGGAAAGAUGUUCCAGGCUGCUACCAACUACCUCCCUGCCCAAGUAUCAGGCAUGAUAAACCAGGACCGAGCUUUCGCCACUGUACGCCUGAACACCUCCGGGCAGAGGAACGUCUGCGCCCUCUCCACGAUUCAGAAGCUGCCUCGACUGCUGGUGACCACGUCAGAUGGACAUCUCUAUAUCUACAACUUGGACCCGCAAGAUGGAGGAGAGUGCGUCUUAAUUAAGAAGCACAGUCUGCUUGGCUCAGGAAAAACGGAGGAGAACAAAGAAAACGACCUUCAGCCUCCAGUACCUCAAUCUUACGCAGCGACUGUAGCCAGACAAAGUACAGUGCCUUCAACUUCGACCAUGCCAGGCGUCCCUCGGUGCCCUGCCAAAUGCCGCAGAAACCAGCUCUGCGUUAGAUCAGUGAUAAAAGAGCGUCACAGCUGUUUGUUUCCAGCCUCCGUGCAUCCAUUUAUCAGCGAUGUUCUGCGUUUUCACUUUGGCAGGUUAUUCGGAGGACGGCGGUGCCCUGCGAGGAGAGGUCAUCCCAGAGCAUGAGUUUGCAACUGGACCAGUGUGUCUUGACGACGAGAAUGAGUUUCCUCCUGUGAGCAUUCGGGACCCCUAAAACAGCAGUUCAGCCCUCAUGCUAAGAAGAAAGUGUUAACCUCUUACAGAAGAGAUACUGUUGCCCUGACCUUGUCCCAGUUCACUGUGAAGCCUAAAAUAACUAAUUAAGGUAUAGGGACAGUGCCAGGAAAGUUACACCCCCUAAAUGGCAGCUAGGGAUGGGGCAAAGAUGAUCAGCGUAAUAGAGAGGGAACCGAACAAAGUAGCAGAAUGAAGUGCAGAUCCAGAGCUGACCUUUGUGCCUUGCUCAGAUUUCUAGUAUUAACAGUAGUUUUAAUUUGAACAAUACCAUCAUUUAGAAAUAAAAAUGUAGUAUUCCCUGUUGCAUUUCCAGUCAGUUGUAUUAGUUUAUGGGAAACAACUGGAACAUACCUGAACCUCAUCGGUCUCACCAUUUCCGAGCUAACUGAAAAGGAAUCUCCUUUUCUGAGCACAAUGCUGAAUAGCAUUAACAGAGUUUUAAACCUUUUUUUGAUUUUUAAGUAGCACUUUCUCAGUUACCAUUGGAAGAACAUACUGGCUUUAUAAAAUCUAACUUAAGCCUGGCAGUGUCUCUCCUGCUUCUCUUCCUAUUAUAUAAGCAUUUAUUGUGUUAAACGUUUAACUGUUAACUGGACAGAUGUUGCUUACGGUGCUGUAAUCAGCAGUGUCUUCGUAAUAGCAAUGCAUUAAUACAGCAGAAUAUUGUAAUGGAUUUCCAGUUGUAGACUUGGCAGAAUUUUGAACCCCUUACUCCAUUUUUACAUAUCCUGCUGCUGGAGUUGUGCCUGAAGAAGGAGAAAGUAAAAGCUUCAUUGGGAUCCCAGGAUUUGUUCCAUAUGCUGAGGCUGACCUCUGUAAGGCACUUUCAUAUUAACUGAUGCAAAGUGUUAUUUAUAUAAAAGAUGAUUAGCUCAUGACUCCCUUUGAAACACUGCCUAAGAGCAACUCUUCAAGUCACAUAAACCUUAAACCGAUUCUCUUUUGUUACCUGUAACAUAGCCUGUUGCAAACCGAGAACAAGAGUUUUCUAAUUCCCCUACACCAUUCCCUAAGAAGGAUAUUUAAAAUGUCUCCCCUUCGGUCCAAGUUGUUUGGCUGCAGAGAAGCUGCCAGCCCAGGCAUCUGGAAGGAAUGUUCCGAGGAGCAGCAGGGCCAGAGAGAAAUCCUUUGCUUCCUUCUGAUGAACCUGCUCUCGAACAUGUGCUUUGGGGACACGCAAAUGCCAGCGAGCAGGAACCACGCUGCUCCUGAAUGAGCCUGCCUGCUGGGACUACGCUGUGCAAAAACAGCCCCAAACCCCUGCUGUACAGCAGCAGGCGCUUUAUUAAAUGGACUUUGAUCUGUCAAAAUCCUGUGCUGUAAUUAACCCGGCAGAGCCACUUACAUGUGUAACGGUAGGGAGGAGGUGGUGUGGGAGGGAAGGAGCUAUCCGCAACUACUCCCUGGUAUGGCGGCUCAGCCGUUGGAGCUUCCAGCUAGUGUCUGCAGCUAGGACCUCAGGUUUUCCCCUCCGCUGCUGACGGUAAUGCGUUUUGCAUCUGGCCUACUAGCUAGUGCGGCGCUGGCUCCUGCUGGGUUAGUGCUUACGGAGGCUGGGUCGGGAUGUUUUGAUGCUCUGAAUUUCACUGAACUCCGCUGUUUUCUCAGUGCUGCAAUGUUCGGUCUGGGUGACUCGUUCAAGAGGGGUUUCAGGGAUCGAGGAGAAGGAGGGAGAGAAAACCUGACCUUAUCCAACGAAAAUGUUUUGACAGCGUUCUGUUUUGCAGAAACAUGGGAAGGGUUUUGUUUGUUUUCCAGUGUGCAACAAAAAGACAUUUUAAAACCUCAAAACUUGUGACAAAAUGGAAUAUUCACCCGCAGCCCACGCCACGAGCAGGGCUUUGAACUUAGGCAUACUUCUGGAGAAGCAGCCGUGCUUAGACCCAGCAGUUCCUCUCCGUUUUGAAACAUUUUGCUCUCAAGUGCUGGUGAGCAAGACUCCAGAGGCUCAACUGUUAAUAACAAGGAAAUGCAGCUUCAGUCUAACGCACGAUCUGGUGUGAUUGCGGAAAACGGCCUCUUCAUUAAGUGGAAGGAGGGACAGGUCAGAGAAGAGAUGAGAAGCCCAAGGAGGGCUUACACAACCUGACCUCACCAAGAAUUAAUGUGGCUAUUGAAACUAAUUAUGGCAGCACUGCUGAAGAACCCUGUAGCAAGAGGUUAAGCAAGUUCAGUUACGUGUCUUGCUUGCACUGAUGGGAUGGAUUAAGUGCUUUCAGGUCCGCUAGUGGCUCUGGAGUAGCUGAUGAUCUGCAGGAGGUACGCAGGCAUCACUGAGAUGGACAGCGGGCUAAAGCCUGAGGGGAGAAGAAGGUGCUGGUUUUGAGGCUGGGAGAAUGCCGCACCACCCUCCGUCUGCGUGAUCCUGGCUUCAUGGGAAGGGAAGAACGAGCCCAGCUCUGGCUGCACGUGGUUGUGAUGAUCCCAGCCGUUUUCUCACCACCUGGCUAAGCAGUUGCUGCUUCUCUCCAGGUUUAUCAGUGUCAUUGACGUUUCCAGUGGUGUCGGGAGUUGCUGGUGGGUGCUCGAGCCCAGCAGGGUGCUGCUCGGCCAGCUCAGCCUUUCAGGAGGCACCAUAGGGUAGGGCUGUGAGGUUCGACAGAAGAAAUCCUACAGGAUUCAUCAAGAACGAAGCCAGAUGGUGUGUGUGGACCUGAAGAAUACAUACCAGGGGAACUCUUAAAACUGCUGGAAUUCAGUAGGGAAGGGGAUUUCCUUCAGCAGAUUGGUCAGCGCCUUUCCAGGCAGACGCGAUCAGUCCUGCAGCUGGCUGCGCUCUGAAGCUUCUCAGCUUCAGGACCGGAGUUGACGUGAAGGCUUUAACAGGACAGGUAUUUCAUAACGUCAGGCCAGGUUGUGGACAGCAGUCAGCUCUUCAAAGACCGCAUCCCCUCGCUGAUGCUCAGUCUUUAAAAACAUCCCUUUCACUCACAGCACACUGAUUCUUGGCUGCCUCCAAAACUUGGGCAGCCUUCCUGUGCUGCCUGCGGGCAGCAGCGUGAGCCCCACCGUGCCUCCAGCAACCCCUGCACCACAGCCAGGCAGAAACCCCUGCACUGCCACAGGGAGAAGGCUCCCCCAGAGCAGUGCCCAGCAUGGGGUCUGCAAACAUCGCUGCCAGGCCGAGCCAGCGAUCCUAACGGGAGCAACCAGGCUGCAGGUGCACCUUGGGCUGCGCGGGACCCGUGUUUGCCUCCUUGCUGUCGGACGCCCGGCGUUUCACUCGUUCUGUUGUGCAGAUUGUGACACUAACGAUUCUCAGUGAUUUUCCCUUUUUUAAGAGCUGGCUGUUAGCAGAAGAAAGGCGAUAGACUCAGCUGUGGAACUGUACUAAUAAUAAUAUUUCAAAGGGGGGUUGAGCAAGUCUGGCCAAACCUAAGUGGCCUCGCGUUCCUUACGCAGCUGCUGCCCCCGUAGCUCAGACAGGAAUUUGGGGCAGCCGGGGCUUGCAGGAUUAAGCCCAGCUUAUCAAUACAGCACCGGAGCUCCUCAGGCAAUCCAGCACCAAGGCCUUGUGCCUCAGAACCAGGCAGGUGACGUUCCUGCAGGCCGUGGAGGGGACGAGCAGGCACAGCCCCUCCGGCAGCUGGGUGUGGGGAUGGCACCGGCACCGCUGGGGGCUUGCGGCCAGGCUGGCACCCACCCGGGCAGAGCCGUGCCCUGGUGUCUGCGUGGGGGCGCCCACCCAGGGGCUCUGCCCGAGCUUCCAGAAGCAGGUGUGGAUCUUACCGGGGUCUCUGAUCUCGUCUUGUGGCGUGCGUUUGAAUCAAGUAUCUCGGGGGUCUUUGCUGCUCCCCAUUUCCUCUCCAUGCUUUAUCACCGAAAGGUGUUGCUGGUACUUAGGGUAGGCUUCCCCUCACCCCGUUCAGCCCCAAAUGUAGGUGUUUAACUCCGGCUUCCAUCUGGAGUCCCCAGGGAGACCCAGAGAGGCACGUCCAGCUCCUUUCCCCGCCUGCCACGCCAGGAGCUGAGCUCUGGGAGCACUCAGUGGGGCAAAUGAGGCUCACCCCAAGUAACCCAAGUCCUGCAAGCGUGGCUGUGCUCCGUGCCAGCUAGAUGCAAGAGGCCCUUAUCGCCAGGCCAGAUGGUUCCUGUUCCCAGGACUGUAACAGGGGGGAGGGGGGGGGAGUAAAUAAAUAAACCUCUCACAAAUCUCCCUUUGAAUGGAAAGUAAAACACUGCAGGACAUCCCUCCCCCUUCUCCUCCCAUGUGCGUAAAACCGACUUGAAACACACCCUGUUGCUGGGAAAAGUAAGGCCAUUCUGUUUUGAUUUUGGUAGAUAAUCUUGUGCCGCGGAGGUCAGCCGGGCAGAGCGAAGAGGUCAUGAUGAGACGCAAACAUCCGCGCGUAGGACAGCUGCUGGGAAGCGCUUUGGAAAAGCCAGGAAUUUCGAAGAAGAGAUUUGCAUGUCCUCAAGAAAAGGAAAAAAAAAAAAAAAUCCAAGGUGGGCCACUGCUUUUUCUACAGUACGUGUGAGCGACCACCUGGCCCGCCAGCCCCUUCUUUUUAAUCGUGUCUGGGCGGGUGUCAGUGUACUGUAUGCACAGCGCUAUAUUUAACAGGUAUCCUAGAACCACAUUGUAAAUGCUAAUUUAAUCAGAUUUGUACGUAACCAGAAUUUUAUAUACCCGUUUUUUCCCUUUUCUAAUUUAUGCCGUUUUAUGUGUAUAAAUGUACUUAUAGCAAGGUAUAUUAAACUUAUGUCUUUGUACAGGAUAGCCUAUUUUACCCAGGCAAAGUAUUUUUGCAGUGACAUUAGAGAAGAUUUGCAAUUUGCUACGUUUAAAGCCAGAAAUAAAGUCACGGUCUGUCCCUGGCA